GUGCACGGACCGUGAAGGCAUCACAAGUUAGGCAGUUAUCAGAAAAGGCAGCCUGAUGAUCCAGCUGCUGCUCGCUGACAUGGAAACAACCACAGUUCAGCGCUGAAACUCCGCUCUCUGUUUACGGUCACACCGUGGGUCCUCAACGGGGCGACACAAACUUCUCCCCACGGCAGCCCCCAUGUAAACCCGGAGCCCCGCGCCUCCCUUUUCAGUCCUCCGAGCCAUGUCCAAGAGCCUGAAGAAGAGGAAGAACCACUGGACCAACAAAGUCCACGAGAGUCUCCUUUGCCGGAACGAGGACGGGGAGCUGGGGCUGGAGCUGCGGGGCGGCGCGGAGAAUGGACAGUUCCCGGUGGUCGGCGAGCUCCUCCCGGGCAGAGCGCCGUGCCACAGCGGCAAACUCAGCCAGGACGAGCUCCUGCUGGAAGUCAACGACACCCCCGUGGCGGGACUCACCACCAGGGACGUCCUCGCUGUGGUCAAACACAGCAGGGACCCCGUCCGGCUCAAGUGUGUCAAACAAGGGGGCGUGAUAGACAAGGACCUCCGACGCUACCUCAACCUGCGCUUCCAGAAAGCUUCCGUGGACCACGAGUUGCAGCAGAUCAUACGGGACAACCUCUACCUCCGCACCAUCCCCUUUUCUCACCUACUAUCACUGUCGGAGGAUGUGAGAACAGAAGAAACAACGAUGCUUUCUAGAAAACGAUGAUAUAAUUAUGAAAUUUCUCAAUGUUUUUUUAAAGUUAGAGUAAGUUUACCAUUUUAUUCAGACAUGGCUUAAUAUAAAGGUAAUAACUAACACUUUUUUCUGUCCUUUUUAAUGAAUUUUUUUAUAUUCUACAUUUUAUUUCUUCUUAUUAACCUCGUAUUAACCAGUUCAAUAAACAAAUGCAACUGGUUACUUCAAGCUUUUCCCUGGGAUUAAAAUUUGUAGCUCAAAACCUGGGGAUCGUUUCCGACAUUCGUCCUUUUGACCCAAGGGCAGCAGGAGGGUUAAAUAAACCUGCACCGAUAACUUCUGAACAUUUUUAAAUAAAAGUAGAUAAUUUUAACUUGACACCCUAAUAAUUUUUACAUGACCACUAUAUAUUUACCAAGAGCAGAAAAAAGCUUGAAAACAGAGGUUGCUACUUUUUUAAAGGAGCAUUUUGUUGAACAUUCYUGAAUGUGGUCGUAUGAUGGGUAUAUUUUGUGAUAUGAGUUUAAACUGUCCACACGUUUCUGACAUUUAUUACAUUUCACUUCCUUUUGUUCAUUCAUUUGUGCAAAUACGUAUAUGUGUAUAUAUUUUAAUGUGCUUUGGCAUUGGAAUGGCAGUUAAUGGGAAGUUUGCCACCAACUGGAACAGUUUACGUUCAUGGUUGUGGCAACCAUGUUUUAUGCUGAGGUUUCAUACAAAUGAGAAUUUUACUCAAAUGAAUUUGUUGGUUUCAUUAUUUUGGUUCGCCAACAUAGCAGGAAGUGUUCCUGUUUAUCUGCUGCUUACCUUUCUCUUUUAUUAAUUGUUCUGUUUCAGUGUUUUUUAUUAAUGUAUUGCUACAAACUCAAUAUGCAAGUCAACUAUGUAUCCURAUAAAAUCCUCUUGAAAUGUAUUUGCCAGCUAAUUGACAUAUCUUUUUCCUUAGCUUGAUGUCUGAUAGAAGAUAAAGUUAAUCAGGAUAAUAAAAMGAGUAAAAGC